AUCACUGAAUCGAAUAUGGCGUCAUGAGUUUUUUGAGGUUUUCGAUGGAUAUCAAAUCAUCCGCCUGAAAAAUGCAUUUUGAACCAAACUCUCACAACAAAUAAUUCCAGUUUACAGUUUCUGGUGAUCUGAUCAGUGAUCUGUGAUUGAAUAUCGAAUACAAAUGUGGUGUUAAAAUUGGAUUGUGCCCAAAAUCCAAACAUAUUUGGAAGUGUUCUUCAAACAAAAUUUUUUUUGUUUUCUUUUUUUUUCGCGACACUAAUUUCAACAAUUGAAACAGAUCGAAAAGUUAACCGUACGGCUGAAAGGUCUCAUCGCCCAUUGAGACCAUUAAAAAAAUCACCAACAAUUGGGUGGUAGGGCGCGAUGUCACAAGGAGCUGGGCCGGCUGGUACGACAGAAUUUCGUGAAUAUCAGUGGGCCUACUCAAUCAUGGACUCAUCGCGCGUCUCAACAUGCUUGAUAUCGAUGCUAUUGAUUGUGUACGGCAGCUUUCGCAGUUUGAAUAUGGAACAGGAGGCACGCGAACGGGAACAGAAGAAACGGCAAAGCGAUUCGCUGAACAAUCUCAUAACCGGCGAACCGGUUUCGAUUGAACAAAGCGUCGCAGAUAAAUUUGCAACCCUGGACACAAUGCACGCACUGUGUUUGCCGCUUGGAGCGUCUAUUUCGCUGUUGGUAAUGUUCUUCUUCUUCGAUUCGAUGCAAAUGCUGUUCGCUGUUUGUACUGCAAUAAUCGCAACAGUGGCUCUAGCCUUCCUUCUGUUGCCAAUGUGUCAAUACAUAAUUCGUCCGUGUUCAGAUGGGAACGGUAAUCGGAUAUCAUUUGGCGUUUGCGGACGAUUCACUUCGGCAGAGCUUUUCAGUUUUUCGCUAGCUCUGUCGAUCGUGUGCAUAUGGGUGCUGACUGGUCACUGGCUUCUUAUGGACGCCAUGGGCAUGGGACUGUGUGUCGCUUUUAUCGCCUUUGUGCGCUUACCAUCGUUGAAAGUGUCCACAUUACUGCUCACCGGGCUACUGUUAUACGACGUAUUUUGGGUGUUCUUUUCGUCAUACAUAUUCAGCACAAAUGUAAUGGUGAAAGUAGCUACUCGACCUGCCGAUAAUCCAGUUGGACUGGUUGCCCGAAAAUUAAACAUAGGAAUGGUCAAAGAGCCACCGAAACUGAAUUUACCGGGAAAGUUAGUGUUUCCAAGCUUACACAACAGCGGACAUUUUUCCAUGCUGGGACUGGGAGACAUUGUGAUGCCAGGACUGUUGUUGUGCUUUGUGUUAAGAUACGAUGCGUACAAGAAAUCGCAGGGCACUCUAGUCGAUGCUGGAGUACCGGUACCGAAGGGAGUUGGAUCUCGACUUACAUAUUUUCAUUGUUCUCUAUUAGGUUAUUUUUUGGGUCUUCUUACUGCCACAGUAAGUUCUGAAAUAUUUAAGGCAGCUCAACCAGCACUACUUUACUUGGUACCAUUUACUUUACUACCGUUACUGACGAUGGCGUAUUUAAAGGGCGAUUUAAGACGCAUGUGGAGCGAACCAUUCAUAGCGCAGCAGUCCUCAAAACAACUAGAAGUCUGAGCUGAACACUUUAGUUUAAGAUUAAUCUAAUUAGCAUAAAGCAAAUCUAUAUAAGAAACAACAAAGUACUUUUGAAGUGAUUCAAAUUCUAAUUAAAACAAAAAAAAAUGCUGCACCUCCUCCACUUUCAUCCGUGUUCUGAAACGACAUUUAUCACGCAACCAAAAUAAUUAAAAAAAAAAAUUAAAAAAGAAAUUCUAAUGCUAAGUGUAAAACGUUUCCAAUUAAAUUUUGAAUGGUCGAACCAUUUCGUUCUUUUUAAGAAAUUGGAUAGAAUCAAAAUGAGAACGGCCUGAGAAGCUCAUCUAAUAGUUUUAUCAUCCAACCAAAAUUCAUUAUAAUACGCAAUGUUGUAUGUUGUGUAUUUUACCGUACUCAUAGUUAGAAACUGCAAUGGACAAAGAGAUAACUAUUGUAAUGAAUGUGAUGUGGAACUGUUUUUUUUUAGAGAGAUUAGUUCACUGAGAUUCACCUGUGAAUUUUGCGAUGGAUGUAGGAUCCAUUAUAGUUAGUAGCUUAAAAUUCUGAUUUGUAGAUUCUCAGCUGAAAUUGUUUUAGGAUAAAAUUGUCGACAUUGUGAGAGAUAUUGAUUUUAUUUUGGCUCUAAAUUCUUUCUUUCUCCACAUUUGUAAUUUGCGAAUCAUCCAUCCACAAUUUUAUUUAUUUUUAAACGAAGAAAAGUCUAUAAGAAGAGUGAAAUCUCAAUGACAUAGUAGAAUGAAGAGAAAAAGGGUCAUCGUGAUAAAAACAGCAGAAUAAUCAUAGGGAAAUUUGUUGAACAAAAAUAAAAAUAAAUUAUAAUCUGAACCAUUUUGACAGAACAACAACGUAAAAGAAUGAUAGAUCAUGAACAAAUGAACAAAGAUAAUUUAUAUCUAAAUAAAAAACAAAAAAUUGAUUAGACGAUUUACGAAAUGAUAAAAACUUAGUGAUUAUAAAAUUUGUAUUUAAGUAAAAAUUAAUAAAAAAAUUAAAAAAAAAAGAAAAUUGAAUAGCUGCUGUCCCGUCCCAGUAGAAUACAUGUUAUGUCCUCCACGGAGACACUCAAAAAUAGUAAAGUGAUCGGUGUAUGGCCUAUUUUUGGUAGAUUUGUUUUGAAAAAUGAGACAAAGUUUACCAAAAUUUACCAAUAAUAAGUUUCGUCAAUUUUCGAAAAUUUUGGUACAAUUUGGCAAAUUUGUCUGAAUACAAUAGUAGUCCCUGAAUGAAGGAGUUAUUACGCCAAUUAGUUUUUUGGAUUAAUUUUUUUCGACUUUAUCUCCACCGACAUCCAUGUAUACCUAUGGUAGAUAUAAAUCAGCUGAAAAAUUUUUCCUCGGCGUUUCAGCGUGUGUGUUCGACGUCAUCCUUAGACAGGAUUCCAAACAUGACGCAGACGCUGUGUACUAUUGGCCUAUUGAUAAAUUAUUACUGAGAAAUUACUGAAAAUUGACAAAAUCUACCGAAAAUUGACUAAAGGUUACAGAAAAUUAACAAUAAUUUACCGAAAAAGUUUACCGGUAAAUUCAGUAAAUUUUUGUUAAAUUUCGGUAUUUUUCAGUAUUUUCAUUAAAUAAAGAAAUUGCUAAUAAUAGGCCAUGGUUGCAUAUAUGCAUCGAAACGUUUAAGAUCAUUUUUAUACUCCUACAACUUAGGAAUUCAUUGCUGAUGAUGGUUACAAAUCGUAAAAUUCAAGACAAUUGAAGCUCAGUUUUUUUUGUUUGUUUAAAUAACCAAAAUCCAACUACCAACAGGCAUAAUAGGCACACAGUUAUAUAACGUUUCUCCAACAUAUUUCUCGUAAAUGGCGAGAAAAAUUAAAAAUAGCAAAACCUGGACACAGGCUAAGUCUACCCUUAGAAUACCAGAACAUGUUGUGACUUGAACUUGCUUGUAAUGUGAACUGAACUGAAUUGACAUGAAAUGCAUAAAUAUGUUAACGUGACAGGUUACCUGGCAAAUUUGUUUGAAAAUUUUUCAGUUUUCCUGAAAUCUUAUCGAACAGAUCUUUUCCAAGCUAGCUCUUGUUCGCAGACGACCACGUUUAAAAAUAAUCGCUGCUUCGGGAGUAUAUGGAAUACUUGUAUUUUUUCGAUGGAGACAUGGGACAUGCAGUUAGAUGUAUUUAAAAAAAGCAGAUUUAGUUAUAAAUUUAAUUGUAAAACUAACAUUUUUAGCCGUAAGAUUGGUCUUUCGAUUUCUUUUUUUCCAUUUAAAUCGACGAUUUUUUCGACAUCCUUCGAUAUUUUGAUUUCCUUUUAUUUCUCAGUAUAACAUACCUUCACUAUCACAGACAUUUACCAUGACGAAAAAUUUAGAUUACAAGAAGUGACUCGUAAACAUAUGGUCUGAUGUGAGUGAUUUGCUAAAGAUGGUUCGAAUAUUUCUAAUUUACGGAAGCAAAAUUAACAAAGGUGAAGAGAUCCUAAGACGAAAAUGAGUUGUCUUCUGUUUGACUGAAUUGACUGAUUAAAAUCAAAUGCCCGACUUCGGUGAUUCGUCCCGAAAUAGGCGAAAUGAAUUUAACAAAAAAGAACAUAGGCAAACUAGGCAAACAUUUGAACUUAUGACAAUCAAAAUCACUUCAGACUAUUACUGGCAUUGUCAAUAAUAUUGAGCAUAUACUUGUGCAAUGUAUUUCUUACGCCACAAUCGACUGUAUGUGCUAAUACAAAAUUUGCAUUUAAAGUGGUAAAUUUUCACUAGGGCGAUCAUGACCAGUGUUCUUCGCGUCAUCUAAAACUAUUUCCAUUAAAGUACAGGUUCUGAACUGACAACGCUUAAAAUGGUGGUGUCAAGAGUUCAAAUCAUUUUGUCUUUCUAUUGAAUCUUAAUCGUGUGGUAAUAGUAGAAACUAUCUGGUCAUUUCAUAAAUACAGAGCAGAACAUUAAUUUGAUCAGCGUCUUUCAGUAUGACUGGUAAAUUGUAUCGAGAUAAAUUGACUGAAAAUGAUCAUCAUCACUUUAAGAAAAGCUCAUUCGAUUUUCUUUUAAUUUAAAAAAAAAUUGUUUCUCAUUAAAACACGUCAUUUUUAGUCCAUAGACGUCGCUUCCUUAAUUCAUUGAAAUGCGUAGUGUAUAGUGUAGGCAACAAAACUUGAGGAACUUGAAUAACAAACCCAUUUGAGGAGUAGACGAAUUGCUUCAAAUCCGGGACAAUUUGUGGUAGUUUCAUUUACUAAAAUAUCUGAAAAUUGCCGAAAUUUAUCAAAAAUCUACAGAAAUUUACCGACAAAUAUUUUCGGUAAAUUUUGGUAAAUUCAGUAAAUUGUGGGUAAAUUUCGUAAUUUUACAGUAAAUUGCAUAUGCCCUGCCUCAGUCGUAUACUCUUUAUAUAACGAAAUGCAAUAGUCUUCGACAAGAGCGAAUCCAUAACAACAAAAUUUCGGAUCCGAAAAUUUAAAAUGUUUUUUUUUUGUGUCAUUUGAAAUUAGUCGACAUUCGAUUAAUGGUAUACCAUAGGUAAUAGGCUUAUCAUUUCUUACAAACAUACAGUGUGAUGUGAUGAUAACUUUCUUUGCAUUGCUGAGGCUGCAAACAAACGAAAAAAAAACUGAUUCAUGACCAGGAAGAUCAAGGUUUUUCAUUUCAAUACUUGUAUGCAACGAAUCGCAUUAUAUAAAUACUAGCUUGACAUGUUUGGCUUUCAUCAAUGUGUUUUUGAAUAACUUUAAGUUUGUAGAAUGAUGUUUGAUUGAAAUGCAAAAUAAAAGCAUAGACACACCGCUCGCUCCAUAGCAAAUUUCUCUAAAUUAAGCUUUUAUGUUCCUAUAGACCGAACAAAGAGAACAAAAACAAAUAUAUUUGUAUCCAACCUAUACUAAAAAUCGCAAUUUCGUUAGUUUGUCAACCUGAAUGUGUGAAAAUGUAUUUUUCAUUUUAAUUUUCCCCUUUUCGUAAUAACAGAAAAAAAAAUGGAAAAAUAAAAAACAACAAGAACAGUACUCUAUGUGUGAUUUAUAAGGAUCGUAAUGUAACUAUUAAAUUCACUGAAUCAUUGAAAAUUUUUAUUUAUCAGUAAUUUUUGUACUAAUUUCGAGGAAAAAAAACAAGAACAAACAAAAUAUAUAAACCGUUAUUAUAUUUAUACUGAA